AUGGGUGACUAUCACACAGAGACUACAGAGUUACCGGCAGCGGUUAACGGUCUGGACAAGACAAGUAGCCAGAAUGGCGUCGCGACUGAGACACCCUCCACCAACGGCGUAGACAAACAAGCUCUCAUUGACAGGACAGUCGACACACUUCUCACUCCCCCAAAAUCCGUAUACUCCGACAUAUCUCUGAAGCUCCCAGAGAGAUAUAUUGACGACGGACGUCCACUGCGUGUCGCCGUUGUUGGUGCUGGUCUGUCCGGUGUGCUUGCUGGAAUUCUACUACCGACUAAGGUGCCGGGUAUCAAGCUCACAAUAUUCGAGAAGAAUGCUGAUGUGGUAUGUCGGCGUGCCUCAGGAGGCACGUGGUUCGAAAAUAUCUAUCCUGGCGUCCGCUGCGACGUACCCGCCCACGUAUACCAAGCAACCUUUGACCCUAAUACGCAAUGGUCUGAGCAGUUCGCCCAGGGCGCUGAGAUUCGCGAUUACUGGCAAGGCCUGGCGCGCAAGUACGACGUUUACAAGCACCUACAGCUCUCCCAGCGAGUUGAGGGCCUCAACUGGGUUGAUUCGCGGGCGGUCUGGCAAAUUACGGUCCGCGACCUCAAGACGGAUGCGAUCCGCAUCGAGGAGGCCGAGUUUGUGUUGACAGCCAUUGGCCGCUUCAAUGCCUGGAAGCUACCGACAUAUCCCGGGAUCCAUGAUUUCAAGGGCGUCCUCAGACACGCUUCGAACUGGGACCCCAACUUCGAUCCCAAAGAUAAGAAGGUUGCCGUUAUUGGAAACGGAGCGAGCGGUAUCCAGCUCACGUCGAACCUGCACAAGGUGGUAUCUAGGUUAGAUCACUACGCCCGCAACAAGACCUGGGUAACAGCAUCUUUCGCGGGUGACGAUACGUCUAUAGAGCCGAUCCUCAUUCCAGAAGACUUGCGCGAGAAGUUCCGUAAGGACCCGGAGGCGUACCUUGCGUACCGUAAGGAGAUGGAAAGCAAGUAUUUCCGCCACUUCUCCGGGUGGCUUAAGGGCUCCGCCGAGAAUGAGGAAUCAAGAGAAAAGUUCCGCAAGUUCAUGAACGACCGCUUGGCGAAGAAGCCAGAACUAAUUGAUGCGCUCAUCCCGGAUUUCAGCCCACACUGUCGCAGACUGACUCCUGGACCGGGGUACUUCGAGGCCAUUACUUCCGAGAAGACGGAAUACAUCCAAACUCGCAUCCGGCGAAUUACAGAGACGGGAAUUGAGACAGAAGAUGGGAAGCAUCGUGAGGUUGACGCCAUCUUCUGCGCUACCGGCGCCAACGUCGAUAUGGUGCCGCCGUUCCCUAUUACCGCCCGCGGCGAGGACUUGACGAAGCUCUGGCGCGCGGAUGGUAAGUACGGUUUCCCGUACACAUACCUCGGUUCCGCCACCCCUGGUUUCCCGAACCUGCUGUUCGUUCACGGGCCCAACGGUUCCGGACGCUCUGGAACGGUUCCGCACAACGUCGAAAACCAGGUCACAUACUUUGCGCGGAUUCUGCGUAAAGCUAGUCGCGAGGGUAUCAAGACACUACAACCGUCCAAGAGGGCGGCAGACUGGUUUACGGAGUACUCUGACGCGUUUUUCGCAACUACGGUGCUCUCGGAGAACUGCAGUUCAUGGUACAACAGUGGUAAGCCGGGCUCGCGCGUUCACGGCCUCUGGCCCGGUUCGGCGACUCUCGCAACAAUUGUGCAGCGAGAGCCGCGAUGGGAGGACUUUGAGUAUGAGUAUCUGGAUGACGCUGAGAAUCCGUUCCUGUGGUACUUUGGCAAGGGCUGUACGAGAAAGGAACUGGAUCCGGAAUCGGAUGUGACGCCUUAUUUGAAGCCUUAUGUGGUUGAUCCCAAGGAUGCACAUGAGAGUUGGCACACUGUUCCGUAG